ACCAGUAGCCAAAUGGCUCCCACAAAGGAACGUCUCCACAGCCUUAUGCACUUGUUCAUAGCAUGCCUCCUCAAGCUUAGCACCGCAGUGCCUUGCCUGCCGGAUCAGGCUUCUUCCCUCCUCCAGCUAAAAGCUUCCUUCAUUGGUGACAACUUACCAUCAUGGCAAGCUGGAACGGAUUGCUGCCACCACUGGGAGGGCGUCACCUGUGACAUGGCCUUGGGAAGACUCAUUUCCCUUGACCUCGGUGAGUUCGACCUGAAGAGCAGUCGUCUUGAUCCUGCGUUGUUCAACCUCACCUCUCUCAAGAACCUCAGCCUUGCAUUCAAUUACUUUAGUGGAGCCUCGCUCCCGGCUUCUGGGUUCGAGCGGCUCACGGAUAUCAUGCACCUCAACCUCUCGUGCACCAAUGUUUUGGAUCAUAUCCCAGUUGGAAUUGCCUGCCUCAAGAACCUUGUCACCAUUGACUUGUCUGGUAAUGGUUUGUAUUUUGAGCGGCCAAGUUUCAAAGCCUUCAUGGCAAAUAUGAGCAACCUGAGGGAGCUUUAUCUUGAUGGAGUGGAUUUAUCUAGUAGUGGAUCGACUUGGUCCACUGUUUUAGCAGACUCCGUUCCCCAGCUACAGGUUCUUAGCUUGUCUGGGUGUUCUAUGUCAGGUUCUAUCCACUCUUCAUUCUCAAAGCUUCGCUCACUUACGACGAUCGACUUGGGAUACAAUUUUGAACUCACCGGCAAAGUCCCUGAGUACUUUUCCAAACUAUCUUCCUUGACCGUUUUAGACAUAUCAAGCAAUAAGUUUGAAGGGUAUUUUCCAACAAAAAUCUUCCAGCUAAAAAGUUUGAGGAUGCUUGAUUUGUCCGAUAACCACAUGCUUUCUGUAAGGUUAACACACUUCCCAACUGGAAAUAAUCUAGAAACACUAAAUCUAAUAGGCACCAAUUUCUCUUAUGACAUGCCAUCCUCGUUUGCCAAGCUUGAGCAUUUAAAGAAAUUGGAGCUUAACGUGAUGGAUAUUGAUGACAAACUCCCUGCUUUGAUAUCUAAGCUUCCAUCAUUGGAUGACCUGCAACUCAUGGGACCAGAUACGAAGAAUCCGAUAUUAUCUUGGGUCAGCAAUAUUACCCAAUUGACACACCUAAGGUUUGGUGGUUAUGACUUCUCUGAAUCGGUUUCCACUUGGAUCGGCAAACUGACAAGGCUGGAAAGUUUGACAAUAGUGGAUUGCAGUUUCUCCAUGCCAAUACCGUACCAGAUUGGAAAUCUUACAAAAUUGGUCAAACUGAAGUUCUGGAGUUGUGACUUCCCGGAGCAAAGAAUGCCAUCGUGGAUAGGCAAUCUUACAAAGUUGGUCUCUUUCACAAUUGAUGAUUGCAAUUUCUCUGGACCAAUACCCUCAACAAUUGGGAACUUGAUCCAACUUGAGGAGCUGGAGGUCUGGUCUUCUCACAUAAGCGGAAAAAUGCCAAAGCCCUUGUUCGCUCUUCCAGCCCUGCAACGGCUUUUGUUAAUUGAUAAUCAGCUUAUUGGCUCGCUGGAAGACAUUCCCGCUCCUUUAUCCUCACCAUUGCGGGAGAUUGAUUUAAGAAGUAAUCAAUUGACAGGCCCAAUACCCAAAUCAUUUUUUCAGCUUCCGAAUCUUCAGGUUCUCGGUCUUGGAUCAAAUAAACUGACAGGCACAGUAGAACUUGGCUCUAUCUGGAGGUUGAGAAAUCUCACCUAUCUUAGCCUGGGUAACAAUAUGAUGUCACUCAUUGAAAAAGAAGGUGAUACGAUAUUCUCUCAUUCCCUUAAAAUCCAGGGCCUAUGCCUCGCAUCUUGCAACCUUACAAAAUUUCCAGCAUCAUUAGAAUAUAUUGACACUAUUCAAGAUCUCGAUCUUUCGAAUAACCAAAUCGAAGGGGCCAUACCAAGUUGGGUAUGGGAGAACUGCCUUGUUAGUUUGAACCUCUCACACAACAUGUUUACUACUUUAGAGAAGUCUCCUAUUGUAGAGAUGACACAUUUAAUGGCUCUUGAUCUCAGUUUUAAUGGACUUCAAGGAAGCAUACGGAUACCAUCAACUCCAUCCAAACUAUUUUUUUUGGAUUACUCAAACAAUGAAUUCUCUUCGAUUGAACCUAACUUUGUUGGCAAGUAUCUUAGAAAUGCCGUCAUUAUCAAUUUGUCAAAAAAUAAAUUGAGUGGCCAUAUACCACUUUCAGUUUGUAGUUUAAACAAACUUGAGUUCUUGGACUUAUCUUACAAUAACUUUUGUGGACCAAUUCCAUCCUGUCUUAUGGAAAAAGCUGACCUGACGAGCAUAUUGAAGUUAAGAGAAAACAAAUUACAUGGAGUUCUUCCUGAAAAUAUUAGAGAAGGAUGUAAGCUUCAGACAAUUGAUUUGAAUGGAAAUCGAAUUGAAGGUGUGGUACCUAGAUCUCUAGCAAAUUGCCAAGAUUUAGAGGUUCUUGAUGUUGGUAAUAAUCAGAUCGUCGAUUCAUUUCCAUCAUGGAUGGGCACUCUCCCAAAUCUUCGGAUUCUUGUCUUGAGAUCUAACCAACUCUAUGGCACUAUAAGGGAUCUUCACAGUGUCUACCAACACUUCAGAAGUUUGCAAAUAUUGGAUUUGGCCUCCAAUCAUUUCUCUGGUGACUUGCAUUCAAAAUGGUUUGAUAAUUUUAUAUCAAUGAUGAAUAUCAGCAGUGAUGUGGGGCAAAUAUUAGAGCAUCAUACAAAUUCUUCGUGGAAAGAAGUCUAUCAAGAUACUGUUAUUGUCACAUUCAAAGAUGCCGCUUUAAGUAUAACCAAAAUCCAAACCUCAUUCAAACUAAUUGAUUUGUCAAAUAACUCAUUUGAGGGUUCCAUUCCGGAUUCAAUUGGAAGGCUUGUUUCACUUCAUGGGCUUAACAUGUCGCACAAUAACUUCACAGGACAAAUUCCAUCACAACUUCACAACUUAACGAGGCUGGAAUCAAUGGACCUCUCUUGCAACAAUCUCUCGGGAGAAAUUCCACAGGAGUUUACCUCUCUAACUUAUCUUUCAUGGUUGAACCUUUCAUAUAAUAACUUGAUAGGAAGAAUACCACAAGGAAACCAAUUCUUGUCAUUUCCCAGCAGUUCAUUUGAAGGCAAUGCUGGCUUGUGUGGAAUUCAGCUUUACAAGCAAUGUGACAAUCCAGGUCCAGAUUCAACCACCCGAAGCACAUCGGUUCCAGAACCCAAUACUUUGUGGCAGGACAGACUUGAUGCCAUCACUUUCUUCCUCUUUGCUGGCUUGGGCUUUGGCCUGGGUUUUGCAUUGGCAAUCAUAUUCAGAUCCUUCUACCAUAUAGAAGUAUGGCUUUGCAAUCGUAUGUAUUAGUAAUGUAUAAGUAUUUAACAAGUGUAGUCAUGUAUGUUUGUGCUGUACUUUUUGCUGAGACAGCUUAAAUCCACUCAGCUGUAAUAAGGUUGGUUCCCGAGUUCACUCAACUUCAUAAAUGAUCCUCAAAGAGAGUUGUUAUAAGUGAAAAAUUAUUUUGCCAACUCCACAA